AUGACGUCAACUACUGUGAAUAGAUCAAUCAUAGUUUUAUUAGGCGGAGGCCACGCUUCUGGCAAGAAGACUACCGCAUUGUCUUUGAAAGAAGAGCUUCUAGCUACAGUUCCUAAGAGUCAUUUUGAUGUACGCAUUAUCGAUAUGAAUGAUUAUACCACUGAUGGCAAGUCAUCGAUUGAUUCUAGCCAAUAUGUUAGCAACAAGUCUGCCGCAAUAUCAAUUAAUAAAAUCAAUGAUAAAUUGCCACGUCUCAAACCUUCAAGAUUUGAAUUUGAUAAAUUGAAAACCUUCCUUUUAAAUAAUUUGGACACACCAAGUAAUCAACCUCAAAAAAUAUUGCUCGUGCAUGGUUUGUAUGCUUUGUAUGAUAAGGAGAUUAGAAACAUAUCACAUAUAAAAGCAUUUAUUGAUAGUGAUUCAGAUACCAGAUUAAUCCGAUGGAUUAGAAGAGAUGUUUUGCAAAACCAAACAGACUCAUUGGAAGGUGUUAUCAAUGCUUAUCUAUUAGGAGCCAGAUUGGAAAUGAGUGAUUUCAUUUUUCCGACCAAAGAGUUUGCAGACGUAAUAUUACCUCGUGGUGCUGAACCCAAUGCAAUUAGAUUAAUCAUAGAUGGUAUUAUGUUAUAUCUCAACGACAAGCAUUUGACAAAUGACACCACACAAUUCCCAGAGAAUCUUUUACGUCCAAAUGAAAUUGGGAACUUCCAAAAGGAACGGUUUGAUGUUCAAAAGAACAAAUUCUACGAAUUAAACUGA